GCAGUGGUUCAGGCUUCAGCAGCCUUGGAGAAGCAUCAGCUGAGAGGAGCUAUCACAUGGGAACCGGGAGCUGCUCAGCAAAGAUCCCUUUGUGAGGAAACUGAAGUUGAGAAGAGUCACAGAGUUAGUCAUUCCCAGACCUGGGGCUAGAAACCAAAUGUUGUGCUCCUUGGGUUCAAGAACAGCCGCUGCAGUUCUGAGGAGACAAGAAAUCAGGAAAUUUACAUAAACUACUGAAAACGCAGCCACUAUCUCAGAACUCAGGAGAACCCUGGGGAAGGGAGACAAAAGAUUGAGAAAUCCCUGGAUAACAGUCCUUGAAAGGGGGGAAGGGCAUGGAGGACAGAAGAAAAGAACUGGAAAAGAAGUCAGAGACCACUCAGAAGGUGGAGCGCUGAGGGAAGGGGCUCCCAUAUCAAUCAUGUCUCCUGCUUCUUUGCAGGCACCUAGCCAGACCCCAGAGCCACCUCUGGCCAGAAAGGGAAAAUGAACUCCUGAGCCUUCAGCUGCCUGGCCUGGCGCUCUGUGUCUGGAAGAGCCCAGCCAGGCAGGCUGGCCAUAAGAGCCUGCCAGAGAGGCUCCAGCAGGAGGUGCCCACCACGAACUUGGGAAGCCUGGGCCUGGGCUCGCCAUCCCAGGGUCGCUGGACUAGGAUGGGGGAUGGGCCUGUGACAGGAGGUGCCCUGGGUGUCCUCUUUCGGCCCCAUGGAGUCCUCACCCAUCCCCCAGUCAUCAGGGAACUCUUCCAAUUUGGGGAGGGUCCCUCAAACCCCAGGCCCCUCUACGGCCAGUGGAGUCCCAGAGGUGGGACUGAGGGAUGUGGCUUCAGAAUCCGUGGCCCUCUUCUUCAUGCUCCUGCUGGAUCUGACCGCUGUGGCUGGCAACGGCGCUGUGAUGGCUGUAAUUGCUAAGACGCCUGCUCUCCGAAAAUUUGUCUUCGUCUUCCACCUCUGCCUGGUGGACCUACUGGCAGCCCUGACCCUCAUGCCUCUAGCCAUGCUCUCUAGCUCUGCCCUCUUUGACCAUGACCUCUUUGGGGAGGUCGCCUGCCGCCUCUACUUGUUUCUGAGCAUGUGCUUUGUCAGCCUGGCCAUCCUCUCAGUGUCAGCCAUCAAUGUGGAGCGCUACUAUUACGUGGUCCACCCCAUGCGCUACGAAGUGCGCAUGACACUGGGGCUGGUGGCUUCUGUGCUGGUGGGCGUGUGGGUGAAGGCCUUGGCCAUGGCUUCUGUGCCUGUGUUGGGAAGGGUCUCUUGGGAGGAAGGAGCUCCCAGCAUCCCCCCAGGCUGCUCGCUCCAAUGGAGUCGCAGUGCCUACUGCCAGCUUUUUGUGGUGGUCUUUGCUGUCCUUUACUUCUUGUUGCCUCUGCUCCUCAUCCUCGUGGUCUACUGCAGCAUGUUCCGAGUGGCUCGUGUGGCUGCCAUGCAGCAUGGGCCCCUGCCCACAUGGAUGGAGACACCCCGGCAACGUUCGGAGUCCCUCAGCAGCCGUUCCACUAUGGUCACCAGCUUGGGGGCCCCCCAGACUACCCCGCACCGGACGUUUGGGGGAGGGAAGGCAGCAGUGAUCCUCCUGGCUGUGGGGGGUCAGUUCCUGCUCUGUUGGUUGCCCUACUUCUCUUUCCACCUCUACGUUGCCCUGAGUGCUCAGCCCAUUUCAACUGGGCAGGUAGAGAGUGUGGUCACCUGGAUUGGCUACUUCUGCUUCACUUCCAACCCUUUCUUCUAUGGAUGUCUCAACCGGCAGAUCCGGGGGGAGCUCAGCAAGCAGUUUGUCUGCUUCUUCAAACCAGCUCCAGAGGAAGAACUGAGGCUGCCUAGCCGGGAGGGUUCAAUCGAGGAGAACUUCCUGCAGUUCCUUCAGGGAACUGGCUGUCCCACCGAGUCCUGGGUUUCCCGACCCCUUCCCAGCCCCAAGCAGGAACCACCUGCUGUUGACUUUCGAAUUCCAGGCCAGAUAGCUGAGGAGACUUCUGAGUUCCUAGAGCAGCAACUUACCAGCGACAUCAUCAUGUCGGACAGCUACCUCCAUCGUGCCCCCUCACCUCGGCUGGAAUCAUGAGGGGCUGCUGGACACUCAGAGGGAGAUGGAGCUGGGGGCCGGUUAUAAUUGCAAAGACCACCUUGUGGAAUUGCCAUUUACAGCUGUCUGGGGC